AUGUGUCUCAUUCUUCAGCACUUCCUAAGUAUAAACACCGGCAUCUGCUCCGUGCAUGGAGUCCCCGGCGAUUAUAAUCUCGCUGCUCUCGACUACCUUCACCAGGCUAAUUUGAAGUGGCUUAUUAACUGUCUCCAAGGUUACGCGGCCAAUGGCUAUGCUCGAGUUAAGGGAAUCUCGGUAAUGAUCACCAUCUCCGGUGUUGGUGAGCUCUCCGCCAUUAAUGCCCUCGCUGGGGCAUUCGCCGAGCAUGUCCCCAUUAUCCAUAUCAUCUCCUCCUAUGCUGUGAAGCUCAUCUCACACACUGAUACUGCUGACCAGAUUGAUGAUGCCCUUCGCCAAUGCUGGCUUUGUAGCCGACCAGUUUAUAUCAUGUUGCCUACAGAUAUGAUAGAAAUGAAAAUUAAGAGUAGAAAUCUAAUGAUCCAUCUUAAUCUUCAAGCAAGUCUGAAUGACCCGCGAAAGGAGGAUCCUCUUGUUGAGGUCAUUCUGAAGCGGCUUCACACUGCGAAGAAACCUAUUCUCCUUAUAGAUACUUUUGCAAUCCGCCAUCAUGUGCUGGACGAGAUAAAGGCACUGACAGACAAGGCACAGAUUCCUGUCUUCGGCUCUGAGCCGCGGACAAAGCACAAGGUCGAAUCAUCUGACUUGAUUCUUUGUAUUGGAGCUCUGAAGUGUGACUUGAAUACGACAGGUUUCUCGUAUAGUAUUUCUGAACUCAAUACCAUCGACUUUCAGAAUAUUCACAUCGGAGUCGGCUACUCCGAGUACCAGGUUGUUCAAAUGAAAGGAGUCCUCCGUAAGCUCGCAGAACAACUUGACUCUAGUAAACUAUCCCUGAUUCGAUCACCUCACAUAACUCGGACCCUAUCGGCCGAGGUCGAAGAUCCUUCACCUACCAUUACACAUGCUUGGCUAUGGCCUAGAUUGAGUAAGUUUCUCAGGGAGACUGAUAUUGUCGUGACUGAAACCGGCUCGCCAAACUUUGGUAUUUGGGACACCAAGUUCCCUUCGAGUGUCACUGCGUUAUCGCAACUCUUCUGGGGCAGUAUUGGUUGGUCAGUUGGUGCCUCUCAAGGCGCAGCACUGGCCGCAAAGGAUGCGGGGCAAACCAGAAGGACGAUUUUGCUCAUAGGCGAUGGCUCUUUGCAGAUGACAGCUUCUGAGCUCACGACAAUAAUCCGCCACAAGCUCAAGGUUAUCAUCUUCUGUAUUUGUAAUGACGGUUAUACUGCAGAGAGACUGAUUCAUGGAAUGGACGCAGAGUAUAACGAUAUUGUCCGAUGGAAAUAUAAGGAUCUUGUGACGGUCCUCGGUGGUGACGACCAGACAACCAGAAAGUUUCAAGUUCAUAGUAAGGGAGAGCUUAACGAUCUCUUGAGAGACGAACAGUUUAACGAUGGUUCGGGUGUGCAGUUCGUGGAGUUGUGUAUGGACAAGAAAGAUGCGCCUCGCGCGCUGUUGCUGACUGCCAAAAAACUGGGAACAAAAGAAAGACCAGAAGAUCUUGAUUAG